AUGGAAGGGAUACUCACAGAUUGUGUGCAGAAGAGUCUUCGCCAUUUCAUGCACAACAACGCCAUCUUCUUAUGCGAGCGUCUCUGCGCCGAGUUUCCCACUGAGGCAAAUUUGCAAUUAUUAGCUGGAUGUUAUUUGCAGAGCAAUCAAGCUUAUUCUGCUUACCAUAUCUUAAAGGGAACACAAAUGGCUCAAUCCCGGUACUUGUUUGCCAUAUCGUGCUAUCAAAUGGGUCUUCUUAGGGAAGCUGAAGCAGCAUUAUGCCCUGCUAAUGAACCUAGUGCAGAGGUUCCAAAUGGUGCAGCUGGUCAAUAUCUAUUGGGACUCAUUUAUAGGUACACUGACAGAAGGAGGAGUGCUGUACAUCAUUUUAAGUUGGCGCUAUCAAUGGAUCCGCUGAUGUGGUCUGCAUAUGAUGAGUUGUGCAUAUUAGGUUCUGCCGAAGAAGCAACUGCAUUUUUUGGUGAAGCAGCUGCUCAACAAAUACAAAAACAAUAUGUAAAUGAUUCAGCCUCUCCAAGCCUGCAAACAUCAGCUGAGGACCGUAAUGUGGUUUCUGCCAAACACUUUGCCUCAGAAGAUAUGAGUCCAAGGCAUUUAAAACACGUGCAAGGCAAUAAUUUAAAGGAUGUUCCCGGAAAUCACAAUGGGCCAUCUAUAGUAGCAGGAACUGCCUGUCAACCUAUUAAUAGUGGUCCUUCCAACUUAUCAUUUUAUAAUACCCCUUCUCCAAUGGCCACACAGCUGUCAGGUGUUGCCCCACCCCCCUUGUGUAGGAAUAUGCAGCCCAACGGCCCAAACCUUAGCACGCUUGGUGCUGACAGUUCUCCCAAGUCAACAGUGAACUCAACUAUCCAAGCUCCUCGAAGAAAGUUUGUGGAUGAGGGAAAGUUACGAAAGAUUUCUGGUAGAUUAUUUUCUGAUUCAGGGCUUCGACGUAGCACCAGACUUGCUAAUGAUGCAAGUGUAAAUGUAAAUGCUAGCGCAGCCGGUGUAUCUGGAAAUGGAAAUAAUAACUCUUCUAAGUAUCUUGGAAGUUCUAAGUUCAGCUCCAUGGCAUUUCGUAACACGACAGUUCGUAGAGGGACAUCAUGGGCCAAUGAAAAUAUUGAUGAAGGGAGCCGUAAUGAUGUUCUCGAUGAUUCCCGUUUAAAUAUUUCUUCAACAACUGCUAGUUCAUCUCCUGUGAUUGAAGCUAAAUCUUGUGAACAAGAAGGAUCGAAUUUUUUAGUUGGUGGGCAAGUCUUGAGUCUUUCUAGAGUCAUCACUGGUGCCUCAGAAGUAUUAAGCCUAUUGAGAAUUCUUGGUGAGGGCUAUCGACUUGCCUGCCUGUACAGAUGCCAGGAUGCACUAGAAACAUAUAUGAAACUUCCACAUAAGCAUUACAACACAGGCUGGGUUCUUUCUCAGGUUGGAAAAGCAUACUUUGAAUUAGUUGAUUAUUUAGAAGCUGAUCAGGCCUUUCGCCAUGCUCGUCAGAUCACACCUUAUAGCUUGGAAGGAAUGGAUAUAUACUCAACAGUCCUUUAUCAUUUAAAGGAAGAUAUGAAGUUAAGUUAUCUGGCACAGGAACUGAUAUCAACUGACCGCUUAGCUCCUCAAUCUUGGUGCGCCAUGGGUAAUUGCUACAGCCUGCAGAAAGAUCACGAAACUGCACUAAAGAAUUUUCAGCGAGCCGUUCAACUGAAUCCCAGAUUUGCUUAUGCACACACCCUUUGUGGACAUGAGUAUGUAGCGCUUGAAGAUUUUGAGAAUGGAAUUAAGUGCUACCAGAGUGCACUCAGUGUUGAUUCAAGACACUACAAUGCCUGGUAUGGACUUGGGAUGAUAUAUCUUCGCCAGGAGAAGUUUGAGUUCUCUGAACAUCAUUUUCGGAUGGCUUUCCAAAUUAAUCCUCGCUCUUCUGUUAUAAUGUCAUACCUUGGUACUGCUUUGCAUGCUUUAAAGAGAAGUGAGGAAGCGUUGAAGAUCAUGGAGAGGGCUAUUAUAGCGGAUAAGAAAAACCCUGUUCCAAUGUAUCAGAAGGCCAAUAUACUCAUGAGCUUGGAAAAUUUUGACGAAGCUUUGGAAGUCCUAGAGGAACUUAAAGAGUAUGCCCCUCGUGAAAGUAGUGUCUAUGCUUUGAUGGGCAAGAUCUACAAGAGGCGCAACAUGCAUCAGAGAGCAAUGCUUCAUUAUGGUAUGGCUUUGGAUUUGAAACCGUCUGCAACUGAUGCUGCUGCCAUCAAGGCUGCAAUUGAGAAAUUGCAUGUACCUGAUGAGAUUGAAGACAACUUGUAGCUCUAUGAAGAAUGAAUGAAGUUCAAAACACAGCUAACACAAGAUGUGAUUCUCAUCCUUGGGCUAUAAGGAGUUGGCUCGGCUUGUGCUUUCGGCUAAUUGUGUAUAAAAGGCUGUACAAAUGCUUGAUUGAGUAUUCAUUCAUUCAUGCAGCUAAUAUCUAUCACUUUCUUGUCUAUAAAGAGACCUCAGUUUUGUAGCACAUUCACAUACUAAGAGCAGUAGUAUAGGAGGACCUGAUGUAAGCUUCAUAGUAAAAGUAGCUUCUUUACAUGUACUACUAGAUGUACGUAUUACUUGUAUCAUUAUUUAGUCUAUUCAUUCAAUUGUUCAUACCCUUGGGUUGAGGUCCCGGAAAGUUCCUACUGGUUAUACCUCCAUUUUUCUACUGAAACUGAACCCAGAAAACCCGACAAUUUUUCCCCCCA